GUAGAGUAUUUGAAUUUUAAAAUUGCAACAUUGCACAGUAUCCAGCCAGAAAAAUAGGGUGUCUUUCUGACAAACACCCCUUUGAGCUAUGUGCUCGUAUCCCCCCAAAACCUAUGAAAAUAGGUAAGCCUUCCAGCAUGUCCAAAAGGUCAACUGAUUUCAGUCAUUUCAGGUUAGGAUGGAAUAAGUUUCAAAGUAGCAGGCCCUUCAAGAAUGCUUUGUCGACACUACCCUUCUCCACCCCUUCCUUUUUUAAACUAACUGUGUUGUAGCCCAAAAGCCACUUCUGGUUUUAAGUAUCUCAUGUGGCUACACCCUCUCAUUGGCAGGUUCCAGACCAUUCAGAGCUUAGAGCUAUCAAAUGCUGUCAGUUAGAGACACCACUUAACUAGCAGGCAGGCUGCCUUAUUCUACCUUAGCUUUAGUACAAAUUUCAAAUGUAGACUAGGCAAUGUGUGACUGUGAACCAGAAGUAUACACGUUUUUUCUGUAGCAAAGAAGAGACUUGAACUAGGCUUCACAGUCUUCCAGGUCAGCACUUUGACCACUAGACAGUGAAUUAAUUCAAGAGGUCUGACUAGUUGAUCAGAAUGGUAGAUGCACAGAUUAUUAAUGACCAGUGCUUUGAGCCACCUUAAAUCCAAGUAGCACUGAUAUCAAUAGCAGUGAGUAUACCACAUUGUGGACUUCAGAGAGGGCUAGUGAGCAGAGUGUGUACCCAAGGUCAAUGUCUGCAUUCUAUUUGUUGCAAUGAUACCAGUGUUGUGCCAUCUUUACAGUUAUUGUUCGAUUUAGGCUUGCUAGAACAGGCCAGCCCAUUUGUUGUGUAGGCGUAUCCUUCAUUUCCAAAUGAAUGACUGCUUUAGCACUCGUGUGUUGUCAUCUUUUAAUACUUCAUUUCUUCUAAGAUGUUUUCUGGCAACCAAAUUUGUUUCCAUGCUUCACACAAGUUUUUGGCAGAUUUACUUAUUCUAAGCUGCAGUAUUACUUGCGUGCUGACCUAAUGGGUUAUUUGUUUUUGAAAAUCAUAUACGAGUGUUGUUUUUGGUGGGGAGGGGACCUUUGGACACACAAAUCACAUGAACUUCAAGUAGGAAGAUUGAUUUAUGUUUUCCGUAAUCUUAGCAGUGAUUCUAAGUUAUUUUGCUUCCAAGUGACCUUUUGAAAUGAUCAGAAGUUGCUUCAUGGCAUAUAAAACAAGUUAAUGUGAGAUCCAACUACAACUUACAAUUCUUCUAGAGCUGCCAAGUUAAAUGAUACAAUACAAAAUGUAAACACUUUGGUUCAUGUAAAACAAUUUUAUCUUAAGUCAGAAAAUAUGGUUAGGCAUAUCUAUAGAAAACAAACUAGUUCUAAUGCUUUAGACCUGACUUUGAAUGUUUUUUUGAUUGGCAGAUCUUUAAUAAUUAUCAGCACUUUGGAUGGACGAAUUGCUGCUCUAGAUCCUGAAAAUAGUGGCAGAAAGCAGUGGGAUCUUGAUGUGGGAUCUGGUUCCCUUGUAUCAUCCAGCCUCAGUAAACCAGAGGUAUUUGGGAAUAAGAUGAUCAUUCCUUCCUUGGAUGGAGAUCUUUUCCAGUGGGAUCGUGAUCGAGAAAGUAUGGAAGCUGUUCCUUUCACAGUUGAAUCUCUGCUUGAGUCAUCCUACAAAUUUGGAGAUGACGUCGUUUUGGUUGGGGGAAAGUCCCUGACCACAUACGGGCUGAGCUCAUACUCGGGGAAGGUGAAGUACAUCUGUUCAGCUAUAGGCUGUCGCCGCUGGGAUGAUGAUGAGACAGAACAAGAAGAUAUUCUUCUCCUGCAUCGAACCCAGAAAACAGUUCGUGCUGUUGGGCCACGUAGCGGCAAUGAGAAGUGGAAUUUUAGUGUUGGUCACUUUGAACUGCGCUAUGUUCCAGACAUCGAAACUAGCGUGGGAUUUAUUGAGAGCAAUUUUAAAUCCAGUAUAAACAGAGAAGAGUCUAAAAUCAUUUCGGAUGUGGAAGAGCAGGAGGCUGUGAUGAAGGAUACAGUGAUAAAGGUCUCAGUAGCAGACUGGAAGGUUAUGGCUUUUAAUAAGCAGGGAGGACAUCUGGAAUGGGAAUACCAGUUUUGCACUCCGAUUGCUUCUGCUUGGCUGGUUAGAGAUGGAAAAGUCUUUCCAAUCAGUCUUUUUGAUGAUACGAGUUACACCGCUAACAGUGAGGUCCUGGAAGAUGAAGAGGAUCUUGUGGAAGCUGCCAGAGGAGCCACGGAGUCUAGUGUCUAUUUAGGAAUGUACAGAGGUCAGCUAUACCUUCAGUCUUCAGUCAGAAUUUCUGAGAAGUUCCCAACCAACCCAAAGGCUCUGGAAUCCAGAAAUGACAACGCAAUUAUCCCGUUGCCCACAAUCAAGUGGAAACCUUUAAUUCAUUCUCCAUCCAGGACUCCUGUGUUGGUGGGAUCUGAUGAAUUUGAUAAAUGUCUCAGCAAUGACAAGUUUUCUCAUGAAGAGUACAGUAACGGAGCACUUUCAGUUCUGCAGUAUCCAUAUGACAAUGGUUACUAUUUGCCAUACUACAAAAGAGAGAGGAACAAACGAAGCACCCAGAUCACUGUUCGUUUUAUUGACAAUAUGAACUACAAGAAUAUCCGCAAAAAGGAUCCAGUUCUGCUUUUGCAUUGGUGGAAAGAAAUAGUUGGCACCAUCUUAUUCUGCAUUGUAGCAACAACUUACAUCGUUCGCAAGCUCUUCCAUCCCCAUCCUCACAACAGACAGCGGAAGGAAUCUGAAACACAAUGUCAGACUGACAGUAAAUAUGAGCCGGUUGGUGGAGAAGUUAAAGAUAACAGCUGGAAUGACAUUACGUGUUCUGGAUAUGUGUCAAGGUACCUAACAGAUUUUGAGCCAAUUCAGUGUAUGGGUCGAGGAGGAUUUGGAGUUGUCUUCGAAGCUAGAAACAAAGUAGAUGACUGCAACUAUGCUAUCAAAAGGAUCCGCCUACCUAACAGGGAAUUGGCUCGUGAGAAGGUGAUGCGUGAAGUUAAAGCUUUAGCUAAACUUGAACACCCAGGUAUUGUUCGAUAUUUUAACGCAUGGCUGGAAGCACCACCUGAGAGAUGGCAGGAGAAGAUGGAUGAACUAUGGAUAAAAGAUGAAAGUACUGAUUGGCCAUUCAGUUCUCCCAGUCCGAUGGACGGUCCAUCAUUCAAAAUUAGAACAGAGCCAUUGUCUACAAAGGAGCACAUUGAAGUUAUUGCUACAACACCACAGCGAAUUAAGUCUUUCUCUGUGGGGAUAGCCUGUGGCCAGUCCGAUUCAUCAGAGAGCCAGAUUUCUCCAGUGGAGUUCUCUGCUACUGACAAUGAGGUCUUGCACCAGUCAACAGAUCUGAUGUUAAACCUGCAGGACAGCGUCCUUACAGACUGCGAUAUUGAGGAUAGUACUGUUGAUGAUGCUGAUCCAGGCCACUCCAUUGAACUUUAUCCUCCAGCUGGGCCUAUCGUGCAGUUGAGAGAGAGGACCUCAUCCUCCAUUGUGUUUGAGGAUUCUGGCUGUGAUAACACUUCGAGUAAGGAUGGUAACAGAAGUGAUGCUUCACGUGACUACUGCCAUUGUGAAGAAAAAGCAACAAGUACAAAGGGAUCUGAUAAUAGGAAAUCUCCUUCCGGAAGCUCUCUGUCUGUUUCUCCACCAAGACCUACAAGCUUAAGUCUGGACUUUACUAAAAGUACUGCAGAAAAAGUCAAACCCACCUCACCAAAAGUGUACCUCUAUAUCCAAAUGCAGCUGUGCAGGAAGGAAAACCUCAAAGACUGGAUGAGUAGAAGAUGCACGAUAGAGGAGAGGGAGAGAGCAGAGUGUCUUCAGUUCUUCCUGCAGAUAGCUGAGGCAGUUCAGUUUCUUCACAGUAAAGGACUAAUGCACAGGGACCUCAAGCCUUCCAAUAUAUUUUUCACAGUUGAUGACAUUGUAAAGAUAGGGGACUUUGGCUUGGUAACUGCUAUGGACCAAGAUGAGGAGGAAGAAUCCGUUCUUACUCCAAUGCCAGCUUAUGCCAGACACACAGGACAAGUUGGGACCAAACUUUACAUGAGUCCAGAACAGAUUUAUGGGAACACGUAUUCACACAAAGUGGAUAUCUUCUCAUUGGGACUGAUUCUGUUUGAGCUGCUUUAUCCCUUUAGUACUCAGAUGGAGAGGGUCAGGACAUUAAGUGAAGUAAGAAGUUUGAAGUUUCCACCAUUGUUUACUCAAAAAUAUGCACAGGAGUACACUAUGGUGAAGCACAUGCUCUCUCCAAGUCCCACUGAAAGACCAGAGGCAGAAGACAUCAUAGAAAAUCCUUUAUUUGAAGACUUAGAACUCCCAGCAAAAUCAAUGCUUAGGCAGAGAUCACGGACAAUGAGUUCCUCUGGAAUUAAACAUUCAAGACAACCAAGCAAAUAAUUGGGCACAAUUAUCCUGAGUAUACUCAAGAGAUCAAGGUGAUUAUUCAGCAGGCUGGAUCCUCUAUUACAGAACGUUGAUCUCUGAAACAGUUAUUCUCUAUUUCUCACAUUAUGUAGAAAACAUGUUGUAUGGAAUUCAGUUAAACUUGUUCACUAUUUUUAGAUGACCAGAUGAAAGCCAGUAACUAAACUUUUUGCAUUUCCUUGCUCUUUCUACCUUGAUCCUCAUAGGUUUAUUAGUCUAGCACACGGUUUACAUUUGUUUGGAUACAGCAAAUUUUAGCAGUGUGGGGAAACUGGAAAGAGAUGUAAUAUGUAAAUAGAAUUAAAAUACUGUAUUUUUAUAGAACAAAUUAGUCUCUAAGCCUCGUGAAUAUAUUUCCAGAUCACUUGCUCUCUGAAGAAAUGAAGGUGAUCUUGAAACUUUGAAAAAUCAUGACUCCGUUUUUGUCCCUGGUGGGUAAAGUGGGAAUCUGCACUAUUUCAAAAGUGAAAGUAUCACAGGUGUACAUAGGGUCACUAGGCAUAGCCCGUCUUUAGAAGAACUGGUGGCUUGUAUUGCCACACCAUAGUAGAUUUUAGGGAAUGCAUUUUGUACAUCCUGUAGAGGACAAAAGGAGGUUUUUUUAUGACCUUCCCCCUCCAAAUUAACAAAAAAAGGUUAUAGAUACUGUUAUGAAGAGCCAUAGUAAAAAAUUAAGCAUCUAUCAAAAUCUUGAAAUUCUGCAAUUUUUCAAUUAAGUCAUAAGGAAAUUAUGUAAUCUUGUAGAUUUGUACUUUUCUAAAUCAACUGUAGGCAUUUGUAUAAUCUGCUAAUUUAACUGCCUAAUACUAAGCCUUUAUUGUUCAUUGUAAAUAUGUUCAUUUUUAUUUAUAAAAUGCAGAAUCAAUCCAUUUGGGUUGGUAGUGUACAGAAUGCACUUGAUACUGUUGAAGUGCAUUAAUUAUUGUGACUUCUUUCAAGUCUAAAUGAUUUAAUAAAGUUUUUUAUUGAAAGCUUUA